AUGGGCCACCUACAGGAUGAAGUUCAACGACGCUCGCUGGAAGACCCCGAGUCUUUCUGGUCUCACCAAGCCGAGCAGCUUCACUGGCAUAGAAAACCAGACACUGUUCUGAGAAAGUCUACCAAGACUUUGAAGAAUGGUGUAACACACCCACACUGGGAAUGGUUCGCCGGCGGCCAAAUCUCCACGUGCUACAACUGUGUUGACCGUCAUGUGUUGGCAGGCAAUGGCGAUCGACCUGCUAUCUUCUACGAUAGCCCUGUUACCGGUACAAAGCAGGCUAUCACCUAUAGCCAGCUCCUUGACGAAGUUGAGGUAUUGGCUGGAGUGCUGAGGGAUGAGGGUGUGAAGAAAGGAGACGUAGUGCUGGUAUACAUGCCCAUGAUCCCCGCCGCGUUGAUCGGAAUCUUGGCCAUCAACCGACUUGGUGCCAUUCAUGCGGUCGUUUUCGGAGGCUUCGCUGCUGCAUCUCUGUCUCAGAGGAUCGAGGCUUCGAAACCCGUGGCAAUACUUACAGCUUCCUGCGGAAUUGACGGCGCGAAGCCUCCCAUGAGCUACAAGCCUUUCAUCAGAGAGGCCAUCGAGAUGUCGAAGCACAAACCCGAUCGUGUUCUGGUCUGGCAGCGGAAUCAAUUACGCUGGGACCCUUUGAAUAAGACAGGAGACUCCAAUGAUGGGAUUUACAUCAUCUACACAAGCGGGACUACCGGUUCACCAAAGGGAGUUGUUCGUGAUGCUGGAGGACAUGCUGUUGGCUUGCACCUUUCGAUCAGCUACCUGUUCGGUAUUUAUGGACCGGGUGAUGUCAUCUUCACAGCAAGUGAUAUUGGUUGGGUCGUCGGGCAUUCUUUCAUCAUUUAUGGGCCCCUGCUCGCAGGUGCAGCUACGGUCUUAUAUGAAGGCAAACCUGUUGGAACACCGGACAGCUCCAGCUUUUGGCGUAUAAUACAGGAGUACAAGGUCAAGAGCCUGUUUACAGCUCCAACCGCACUGAGAGCCAUCAAGAGGGAUGACCCUGAGAAUGUGUCCCUGAAGAAAGUUGGGGAGUCGGGCGGUCUGCGGUCACUCAAGGCGCUAUUCUUAGCGGGUGAAAGAUCAGAGCCAUCGAUCAUCACCAUGUAUCAAGACUUAUUACAGAAACAUGGAGCUCCUGGUGCCACCGUCAUUGACAAUUGGUGGUCAUCCGAAUCCGGCUCACCCAUCUCUGGACUAAGCCUACUACCACAAGCUGGAAAUGAUAGAAGAACUCAGGUCCGAGAUCACCCGCCUUUGAAUGUCAAACCUGGCAGCGCCGGCAAACCCAUGCCUGGGUUCGAUGUGAGGGCGGUCGAUGAUCAAGGGAACGAGGUCAAAAGGGGGAAGAUGGGGAAUAUCGUGAUGGCUAUCCCCCUGGCUCCGACUGGCUUCCGCACCCUCUGGGGAGACGAUGAAAGAUUUUACAACGGGUACUUGAAGAGAUUUGAAGGCAAGUGGGUUGACACUGGAGACGCCGGCAUGAUAGAUGCGGAAGGCUAUAUCAGCAUCAUGAGUCGGAGCGAUGACUUGAUCAAUACAGCCGGCCAUCGACUUUCUACAGGUCAAAUUGAGCAAGCGAUCACAAGUCAUCCGACCGUCGCGGAGGCAAGUGUGAUCGGCAUCCCAGAUGCCCUCAAGGGUCAACUACCCUUCGCUUUCGUCACAUUAUCAGUCCCAGACCAUCCUGCAUCAGCUGUCCCAGAUCAGCGGCUUAUUGAUGAGAUCCAGAAUCAAGUGCGUUCUCAAAUUGGAGGGAUCGCUACUCUGGGCGGUAUCAUUCAAGGAAAGGGCAUGAUCCCCAAGACGAGGUCCGGUAAAACUCUACGGAGAGUGCUGAGAGAACUUGUUGAGAAUGCGGUCCACGAGGAGUUUGACAAGGAAGUUGCUUGGCCCGCGACUAUUGAAGAUGUGUCCGUUAUUGAGGUUGCCAGGAGCAAAGUUGCCGAGUACUUCAAGCAGAAGGGCGGAUCGCAUAAAGCAAUUGAGGCGCGUGCGAAACUGUAA